UUGCUCAGGGUAGCUUUCCCAGUAGAGAAAGAGAGAGUGAAGAGGGAGAGAGGUCUUCUUCUUCAACCCGUACAAAUGGCGAAAGCGUCAGUUGAGAAGUCAGCCACACGCGCGAUCACUCGCAUCAUAUUCGAUAUGGACGGUCUCUUGAUCGACACUGAAAACUUCUACACUCUGGUCCAAGAAAAAAUCCUCGCUAGAUACGGAAAGCAAUUCGAUUGGUCUCUUAAGGCGAAAAUGAUGGGGAAGAAAGCGCUAGAAGCUGCAGAGGUAUUCGUCAAUGAAAUGGGACUGAGUGGACUUCUCACAGCUGCUGAAUUUCUUGAGGAAAGGGAGGGAAUGCUACAGAGCCUGUUUCCAACUUGCCAGCUCAUGCCAGGAGUCAGCCGUUUGGUCAACCAUUUUCAUGCAAAUGGGAUACCUAUUUGUGUGGCCACAGGUUCUCACAGGCGGCAUUUUGAAUUGAAAACAAAAAACCAUGGCGAAAUCUUUAAACUGAUGCAUCAUGUGGUCCUCGGCGAUGACCCAGAAGUCAAAUGUGGCAAGCCAUCUCCAGAUAUAUUUCUCGCAGCCUCUAGACGAUUUGAGGAUGGCACCGUGGAUCCUGGAAAGAUUCUAGUAUUCGAAGAUGCACCAUCAGGAGUUGCUGCAGCGAAGAGUGCCGGAAUGUCAGUAGUUAUGGUCCCAGAUCCCAGGUUGGAUAGUUCGUAUCAUGAAGGUGCAGAUCAAGUCCUAAAUUCCCUUCUGGAUUUCGAUCCGAGCUGUUGGGGCUUGCCUCCAUUCCAAGAUGCUGCUAGCUAAAUGAUGCUUUCACCGGUAGCAUUUAGGAGCGGGUAUGCUGGUUGUUGAGAAAUAUAAUUCAUGAACUAGAGAGCUUGAUUGGGAUUAAUGACAAACUAUGUAAUUCUUCUAAUCUUUGGCUAUCAGCCUAUCCCAUAAUUCCAUAAUUUUAUUUU